AAGCUGAAAGCCCGGCCCGCUUUGCUUUCGCUUUCGGUUGUUGCUGCUGCAGCUCAAUAAAACCCCUGAGGCGAGGGCUGGACGGGAGAGAGAUCGUUGCAGGCUGCAAAGAGAGUCGGCGGGCGAUCCUGUGAUUUCCUGUGCAAAGACGCUGAAUCUCCCCCCAAAGCCAGGAUGGAAGCUCCGGUGUGCCUGGUUGAAAACAGGCCAGAUGGCCUCCGUGUCUCACCAGAGGCCCUUCGUUUGCUCUCGGAUAUCCGGAAUCCGGUGGUGGUGGUGUCCAUCGUGGGACUGUACCGGACAGGCAAGUCCUACCUGAUGAACAGGCUGGCUGGCAAAACUCCAGGUUUCUCUUUGGGUUCCACAGUUCAAGCAAAAACGAAAGGGAUCUGGAUGUGGUGCCUUCCCUAUCCAGAACGGCCCCAUCAAACCCUUGUCCUUCUGGAUACUGAGGGACUAGGUGAUAUACAAAAGUGCAAUCCUCAAACUGAUGACUGGAUCUUCGCUUUGGCCGUGUUGCUGAGCAGCACCCUGGUCUACAACAGUGUGGGGACCAUUGAUCAGACUGCUCUGGAAAAGCUUCGUUUUGUGACGGAGCUGUCGGAACAUAUUAAGGCGAAGGCUUCCUCCGCUCCUGGAGACGCUUCUGAAUUUGUUCGCUUCUUCCCAACUUUUAUCUGGACGCUACGAGAUUUCAAAAUACAGCUGGAAUGGGAUGGACAACCUAUCACGGAGGACGAAUAUCUGGAACACGCUCUGGAAUUAAAAAAAGGUAACACUAAAGAGAAUGAGAUACUCAAUCUGCCACACAAAUGCAUCCGAUUAUUCUUCCCCAAACGGAAGUGCUUCGUCUUGGAAUGCCCUGCUAAGAGGAAGGAGUUACCUCACCUGGAACAGAUGAAGGAUAGUGAGCUGGAGUCUGAAUUUGUGGAACCAGUGAACUCGUUCUGUCGUUACGUCUUUCAGACUUCUCAAGAAAAGACUCUUCCCGGCGGGCACGUGGUCACAGGCGACUUGUUGGCAAAGUUAGUCAAGGACUAUGUAGAUACUAUCUGUAGAGGGGAAGUUCCCUGUCUGGAGAACACAGUCCUGGCUUUGGCUGAGAUUGAAAACAGGGCAGCCCUGCAGGAAGCUGUUGUUCGCUAUGCGGAACUGAUGGAGCAAAACUUGCAGCUACCCACUGAGAAUCUCCAGGUACUUCUGGAUGUACACAAGAAAUGUGAGGAACAAGCCCUUCAGAUGUUCCUGGCUCGUGCUUUCAAGGAUGAUAGACGUCAGUUCCAGGUUGAACUCGUGAAAACUCUGGAAAGCAAAAAGAAAGAAUACUGCAGCAAAAAUGAGCUGAAAUCUUCUGAAAUCUGUUCAGCUUUAUUGAACUCGCUAUCUGAGAACUUGGAGAAGAACGUCGAGAACGGAAGCUACUCCCGAGCUGGUGGCCACCAGGAAUUUCUAAAUGACCUUGAAAAUGUGGAGAAAUUAUUCUUGGAGACACCUAAGAAAGGAAUCAUGGCAGGGAAGUUGUUGAGAGAAUUCCUCCAGCGCCAGGAAGCCAUCCGCAAAACCAUCCUUAAAAGCGACCUGAGCCUUCAAAAGAAGGAGAAGGAAAUAGAAGAUGAAAAAAUGAAGGCCAAAGCCAGAGAACUAGAGCAGAAGGUCCAGAAGCAGGAAAUGGAAAUGUCCAAAGAGAAGGAGGAGGACCAGAAACAUAGUUAUGAGAUGAACCUUCAGAAAUUAAAGGAGAAGAUGGUGGAAGAAAGGAAUCAGUUAAAGGCGGAGAACGAGAAGAUGAUGGAAAACAAACUCAAGGAACAACAGGCUUUCUUCAAAGAGGGUUUCGAGCAGGAAGUAAGCCAACUGAAAGAGGAGAUCCAGAAGCUCAAAAAGGAAAAUGAAGCUGUGGAAGAACCAAGUUGGAUCAGCUUAGCUUUGGAAACUCUGGAAAAGGCACUCACUGACGCAAUGCCCAUAAUUUGGGAUAAAGCUGUUGCGGCAGUUUCCAAAUUGAUCAAGUCUUUCUAAUCAGAACAGAUAUUCUUAUUUCAAGAAGUUCUCCUAGGACCAUGGUGGCAAACCUAUGGCAUGCAUGUCACAGGUGACACGUAGAGCCCUCUCUGGGGGCAUGCAUGCCAUCACCCCAGUCCUAGGCCUUCAGCUGGGUUUUAUAAAACCUUUUUGCUUUAGAGCUC